AUGCUCGCCAGAAUGUGUCAUCUCCAUAUUGUGCUGGUAACAGCUCUGGUGGGAAAGGCAGCCAUCGGGUUCUCCUUGAUGUCUUUACUCGUAGACCCGGACCCAGACUGGACCCCUGACUACUAUGAGAGUAGCUACGAGUAUUACAACCAUGAAGAGAACAGCAGCGAUACUCUUGCCUACCAGGAGAAUCCCGACUGGUACUACACGGAGGAAGAUCCGUGCCUGGACAACCCCUGCAAACGCAAUGGGGACUGCCUUGUCAGUGGGGACACCUUCACGUGCAGCUGUCCAGCCCCCUUCUCUGGACACAGGUGUCAGAAUGUGCAAAACACGUGCAAAAACAAACCGUGUGGCCGGGGCGAAUGUCUCAUUACCCAGAGUCCUCCCUACUACCGCUGCGCCUGCAAACACCCUUACAAUGGCUCAGACUGCUCCACAGCGGUUCCUGCGUGCCGGCCGAACCCCUGCCAAAAUGGUGGCAUCUGCUCCCGGCAUAAGCGGAGAACCAAGUUCGUCUGUACCUGCCCCGAACAGUUCAAGGGGAAAUUCUGUGAAAUAGGUCCUGACGACUGCUAUGUUGGUGACGGCUACUCUUACCGAGGGAAAGUGAGUAAGACAGUCAACCAGCACUCCUGCCUUUACUGGAACUCCCACCUCCUCUUGCACGAGAAUUACAACAUGUUUAUGGAAGAUGCUGAAACCCAUGGGAUCGGGGAGCACAACUUCUGCAGAAACCCAGAUGGAGAUGAAAAGCCCUGGUGUUUCAUUAAAAUAAACAAUGCAAAGGUGAAAUGGGAGUACUGUGACAUCCCAGCUUGCUCAGCCCUAGACAUUGCUGACCCAGAGGGAAGCCCCACAGAGCCUCUGACCAAGCUUCCAGGGUUUGACUCAUGCGGGAAGACUGAGAUGGGGAAGGUCAAGAGGAUCUACGGAGGCUUCAAGAGCACAGCGGGCAAGCACCCAUGGCAGGCAUCCCUGCAGACCUCAUUGCCAUUGACUGCCUCCAUGCCCCAGGGCCACUUCUGUGGGGGCUCACUGAUCCACCCCUGCUGGGUGCUUACUGCUGCCCACUGCACUGACAUAAAAACCAAACAUCUGAAAGUGGUGUUAGGGGACCAGGACCUGAAGAAGACAGAAUUCCAUGAGCAGAGAUUCGGGGUGGAGAAGAUUUUCAAGUACAGCCACUAUAAUGAAAGAGACGAGAUUCCCCACAAUGAUAUUGCUUUGCUCAAGCUAAAGCCGGUGGAUGGUCACUGUGCUCUGGAAUCCAAAUAUGUGAAGACUGUAUGUUUGCCCGAUGGUGCCUUCCCCUCUGGGACUGAGUGCAAUCUCUGGUGAGGGUCUUCUGGUGGGGCAGGUGUCACCCGGGUCCCCACAGUGGCAAUCUCUUUUCUCUGUCCCACAGGGGAAGGGUCCCGCCAGCUCCUGGAUGCCAAGGUCAAGCUGAUUGCCAGUACUUUGUGCAACUCCCACCGACUCUAUGACCACAUGAUCGACAACAGCAUGAUUUGUGCAGGAAACCUUCAGAAGCCUGGAAAAGACUCCUGCCAGGGUGACUCGGGAGGCCCUCUGACCUGUGAGAAGAAUGGCACCUACUAUGUCUAUGGGAUAGUGAGCUGGGGCCUGGAAUGUGGGAAGAAGCCAGGAGUCUACACCCUAGUGACCAAAUUCCUAAAUUGGAUCAAAGCCACCAUCCAAAGGGAGACUAGCUUCUAA